UGUGUUUACAUAUCAUCUUUGUGACUUCUAUGGUUGCAGCAAUGCAGCCUUACUGCAUAAUGAAGAAGGAACAUGAAGCCUGCUUGGAGAAAAUAAAAAAAUAUGAAACUGACAUGUGGAAUGACACAUUGGCAGCAUGUCCAGGCAUGUGGGAUAACCUAACCUGUUGGAUGCCUACAGCUAUUGGCAUAGUGGCCUUUACUCGAUGUCCUGCAUUUUUUAGCAUGAUAGACUAUGAGGAUGGGGUGGAAAACUGGGAAGCGGAUUUUCUGAGCAGACAGACAUUUCAUCCGGGAGAAUGGGAACUCCUGGAAUCAAUGGCUGAGAGGCCCAAUGCAUUAAUCAGCAGGAAUUGUACUGAAAACGGAUGGUCUGAACCAUUUCCUCAUUACUCCGAUGCAUGUGAUUUUGAUGCAAAUGAGACAGGAACUGACCAGGAUACUUAUUUUCUCUCUGUAAAAGCUUUAUACACAGUUGGAUACAGCACUUCACUUGUUGCCCUUACAACUGCUAUGGUAAUCCUAUGUCGUUUCAGAAAACUACACUGCACAAGAAACUUUAUCCACAUGAACCUAUUUGUAUCUUUUAUUCUGAGGGCAAUUUCUGUUUUUAUCAAGGAUGAGAUGCUGUAUGCAGAACAGGACAGCAACCAUUGCCAUGUUUCGACCGAAAGUUCCUUUACCUUUAGUGACUGUAGCAAUAAUAGCAUCCAGUCAAGGUCCGAAAUGGGAGAAGAAACGUUUGAUUUUAGGUGGAAUGGCAAAGCUGUAAUGGUAUUUUUCCACUACUGUGUCAUUCCAACCUAUUUCUUCUGGCUUUUUAUAGAAGCUUAUCUUUUCACACAGCUUGUGGAAACGUUUUUUCCAGAGAGGAGAUAUUUUUAUUGGUACACUAUAAUUGGAUGGGGUACUCCCUUGAUAUGUGUGACUAUUUGGGCGGUACUAAGACUUCAUUUUGAUGACCAGGGAUGUUGGGAUAUGAACAAUAACACUGCGCUAUGGUGGGUGAUUAAGGGUCCUGUUAUCGGUUCAAUCAUGAUCAACUUUGUACUGUUUGUUGGAAUAAUCAUUAUACUUGUGCAGAAGCUUCAAUCUCCUGACAUUGGAGGGAAUGAAUCCAGUAUAUAUUUCUGCUUUCAGAAAUGCUUCUUUAAGACUAAGAGGGCUAACCAGCACUCUUUCAAGAUGUCAGAGCUAUCCAUCAUUACACUGAGACUGGCUCGUUCUACGCUGCUGUUGAUCCCUUUAUUUGGCAUCCAUUACACCGUCUUUGCGUUUUCACCUGAAAACGUCAGCAAACGGGAGAGACUGGUGUUUGAGUUGGGGCUUGGAUCAUUCCAGGGAUUUGUUGUUGCAAUCCUCUAUUGUUUCCUAAAUGGGGAGGUGCAAUCAGAAAUAAAGAGAAAAUGGCGGAGUUGGAAAGUCAACCGGUAUUUUGCUGUGGAUUUCAAACAUCGCCAUCCAUCUCUAGCGAGCAGCGGAGUGAACGGCGGGACACAGCUGUCCAUUCUGAGCAAGAGCAGCUCUCAGAUCCGAAUGUCCAGCAUAAAUGCGGAGAACCUGGCAACAUGA